AUGGAUAUCAAUUCAUUACUUUCCCCGGACUCCAAUCCUAAGUCUGGAACUUCGACGCCAGUGGCCGGUGUCACGUCAAAGAAUGCACCCAUCCCGACUGCAGGGCCAUCCCCCCACAAGGCACUUCAACGAACUCGGUCUGGUUCCACUCGCAAGGGAAAGACUUCCUCACCUCUUGCACAGCAAAUCUAUGCCCCGACUGGGCCGACUGGACCUGGGAUACCGGAAACUUCUCCGACAGCAGGGAACCCACCCGUCGGUGCUAACCCAAGCACUGGCAAUGGGUCGUCUCCCGCGACCGACCGACCUUCGUCCUCAAAACCUUCAACUCCCGGCAUGGACACGUUAGCCGAUUUGGCUGCAAUGCAACAUCAUCAGCCACAGCGGCAGAAUGCUCAAAGUAUGUUGCGUGGCACCGAGUCGUACGAGCACCAAUUGUCACCGUCCACAAUCCACCCUCACGUGAAUCCGAUCAACCACAACACACCCAUCCCGCGCACAUCGUUCGACAUCGCCAUGUCUGAAGGUCCUCGCGAAAGUGCGCGCAGGAACUAUACUGAUACAUCCCUGGACCCGGACGCACAACGAUUGGCGACCGAUCUUUUUAACCAGAUCCAAGAGAAUCCUCAUACCUACGAUGCGCAUGUCAAAUUUAUCGGCAUUUUGCAUGGCGGAUUUGUGAACCAUGUCUACCCGCCUAACAAUCCUGAACUUCACGGCGAUCCCCGGCGUUAUGACCUACUCAAGGAUAUGCGGAUAGCGCGAGAAGAGAUGGAUAAGCUUUUCGCCAUGGGUGAGGAUCUCUGGGCGGAGUGGAUUCAAGAUGAGAGCAUGUUAGCCCACUCAGCGGUCGAACGCGACGCUGUUGUAAAUUUGUGCCGGCGCUCAGUUGUCGAAGAGUUCGGUAGCACUAAACUCUGGCACAUUUAUGGCGAAUGGGUGCUGUACCUCUACAGAUCAGCCGUUGGGGAAGGUGGUGGUGCUGGCCAGUGGAAUGAGGAAGACCGGCGGAGGUUCACCUGGCAGUCCGUCCUGGAUGUGUGGAAAGAGGCUGCUGAAUCAACCCGCUGGAGGAUCAACAACAGUCAUUUAGUUUGGGACCGGUACCUUGAGCUACUCUCGCAAGAUAUUUCUCGAUCUCCAUCCCAAGAGCAAAUCAAUCACCUCCGUGGCUUGUAUGAUCUGCGACUCAAAACACCCCAUGCAAACUGGGAUCAGACCUUCCAGAGUUUCUCUGGAUUUGUCUCGACGUAUUACGAAUCAAAUUACGAGAGUAUGAUGGCAGAGACUGUUGCUCAGGCCUCAAACCUGAAGGCAGUCUACUCAGCACGCGAGGAAUAUGAGCAUCGACUGAGCAAGGUUGAAGAAACCGGUGAUAGAUCCUUGGAGUACAACGUUUACACAGAGUACAUCGAAUGGGAGUUGACCCGUAAUCGCCGCCGACGAGAAUUUCACUUUGAGCUGGCUAAUGCCAUUUAUCAACGUGCGGUAUUGCGUUUCCCCACUGAUGUCACUCUUUGGGAAGACCACGUUAUGUUCCUCCUCGGAGAAUCGAUGCAUAAUCAUGUCUCUACGACUACGAUCUCUACCUUGGAUCGUGGGACCCGUCAUUGCCCAUGGUCUGGUAAUCUUUGGUCGCAGUACCUGUUGAGUUCUGAACGCGAAGGUCUCUCAUUCGCCAUCAUCUCCGAGAUCAAGCAUCGGGCCACGGCAACUGGAUUGCUUGAUGCUGGUGGCAUGGAAGAAGUGCUGAAAGUCCACACCACUUGGUGCGCUUAUCUUCGGCGACGCGCUUUCUUGUCCGACUCAACCGAUGAAGACCUUGAUGUCGCAGAAGUUGGAAUUCGGUCGGCAAUCGAGAGCGUUCAAGAGCUAGGCGAGAAGAAGUAUGGGCGAACCUAUCAAGGAGACCCUCUGUUCCGCCUGGAGCGUAUCUAUAUUCGAUAUCUUAGCGAAAGUGGCAGCUGGGACAGUGCUCGUGAGACCUUCAAGGGUCUUGUGGGUCGUCGUGGUAAUAGCUAUGAAUUCUGGCUCACCUACUACUCAUGGGAGCUUAUCUCUUGGAGCAAGUUUGUUCAGGGUGAGGCAACUGUGGAUGCUGCGAGACGAACCCCGACACCCAGUUAUGCAACUGCUGUUCUCAAGCAAGCUAUCAAGAGGCAGGACCUUGACUGGCCUGAAAAGAUAGUGCAAACCUACCUCGCUCAUUGCGAGGAUUACGAGGACUCGGAUGAACUGCAACUUGCUGUUAUCGAAACUCGUAAGGUUAUGAGGGCUGUGAAUGCUCGCAGAACCAGAGAGGCGCAUGAAGCGGCCUCGGCCCAACAGCAGCAUAUGGAUGCAGCAGCUGAAUCUGCCUCUUCGUCGGAGAAGCGAAAGCGUGAUGAUGAGGUAGAUGCAAAUGGUGCACCCGAUGCAAAGAAGGCUCGUAGCGAGGAACUUGCCCAGGAGGUUAACCCAGAGGUCAAGGAGGAACCGGUGGAACCCCACCGUGACCGUGAACACUCGACUGUAGUGGUUAAAAACUUGCCUCGGGACACUUCUGAGCACCAGGUCCGGCAGUUCUUCCGACACAUCGGUACGAUCAAUGCUGUCAAGAUGGCAACUGCUGAGAAUGGUGAUUCUCAAAUUGCAGUUAUGGAAUUCGACUCAAAGGAAGAUGCUCUUGGCGCUUUGACCCGCGAUCAAAAGUCUUUCGGCGAGAACACUAUCGAUGUGCAGCUUGAAACCGGAUCGACUCUAUGGGUAACCAAUUUCCCUGCAACGGCUGACGAUGGGUAUAUUCACGGUCUCUUUGACAAGUAUGGUCGUAUUGUUGAUGUUCGUUGGCCAUCGCUCAAGUACCAGACCAGCCGCCGGUUCUGUUAUGUUCAGUUUGACUCUUCUGUCGCUGCUCAAAACGCAACUGAACUGAAUGGAACCCGUACCGAAGAUGGGUUUAACCUGUCUGUGAAGAUUUCGGAUCCCUCACAGAAAAAGAAUCGCAGCGGAGCUCUUGUGGAAAAGCGUGAGAUCUUCUGCGCAAACCUGAACUUCAAAUUAACGGCGGACGACAUUCGGAAAGAGUUUUCAAGAUUCGGCACCAUUGAAAAUGUUCACCUCCCUGAGAACGUUGAUGGCAGUCGCAGAGGCUUUGGCUUCGUGGUCUUUUCUACCAACGAGGAAGCGAUUGCUGCGCAGGCAAUGAACGGCGAACUACUCAGAAACCGCCCCAUUCGAGUCACACUGGGCUCCAAUUCCGGGCCGAAGCGUAUGGCUAGUACCAUCAUCUCUCGGGUUGCUUCGUCAGCUUCACCUAUCCCUGAGACUAACGGUGCCGGUCCGGAUGUUGUAGAAACAGUUGGCGAGCGUUGGGACCGUACUCUCGGUUUGAUGAAUGUGCCUGAUACCGUUAACGAUGCUCGCAUUCGUGCGUUGGUCGAGCCGCUAGGACGACUCAUCAAAAUUGUCCUGCGGCCAGAUCACCAGGGUGCUAUUGUUGAAUUUGCCGAUGUCCACGAUGCUGGCAAAGCAUCAUUGGCACUCGAGGGCAAGGAAAUUGUGCCAGGUCGACCACUUCACAUCGGUACUGUGGAAGAGUUGAAAACCCUCCAGGCAGACUACAAGGCUUCUCGAAUCACCUCGAUUAAACCCGAGAAGCCCAAGAACACCCUUCAGCCGGCGGGUCCCAUCAGGCGCCCACAACAAGCCGGUUCCCGAGGAGGCCGCCGAGUCGGACUAGGAGUGAAACGAGCGCCUCCUACGUUCAGCUCCGGCAGUGCCUCCAAUACGGGUGAUAAGAUGGACACUUCUACCGACGAUCAUGUUGGUGCUGAAGGCCCGUCCAAAAAGAGCAAUGAUGAUUUCCGAGCGAUGCUGCAGCAGACUCGCAAGGAAUAA